CAUCGCACUUUAAAAGCGAACUUCGAGGUGCGCCGCAGCUAAAGCGCGCGGUAUCUGGUCCAGAGCCUGAGUCUAUAGUUUAGUCUUGUGCUGUGAGAGAGAGAGAGAGAGAGAGAGCAUGUCUGCUGCUGUGACUCUAGCGCUGCUGUUCUUCUUGUCUGUGGCACUGAAUGAACAGGUGACCGAGGGCUGCAGAUGUGUUCAAAGACACCCGCAACAGCAGUUCUGCUCGUCUGACGUAGUGAUUCGAGCUAAGGUCACUGGAGAGGCAAACAGCACUCGCCCUGGAUUAACUGCUUACAACAUCCAAACUAUCAAGACAUUUAAGCCAUUACACAAGAAGGGAAUUCAGGUCAUCUACACAUCUCAAUCUUCAUGUGGCAUCAAUCUGAAGAACGGCGAGUAUCUGCUGUCAGGACAUGACGACAGCGGCAGGGUUGUUGUUGAUUUAUGUGACCGUGUGGAGCGUUGGGACAGGGUCUCCUCCGUUCAAAAGCAGUACCUCAGCAUGUAUCAGAGAGGCUGUGUCUGUGAGAUCUCGCCCUGUACUGGAGCGUCCUGUUUGAUCAAGAUGCGUCAGAAAAAUGUCUGAUGAGAGUCAAUGAUUCAUCCAGUCUUGAUUAUCAAGAGGCUCUUCAGUCUAUUUGCCUGCGAGACAGAGACGGCUUCUGCAGUUGGCAAAAAAAUCCGUUAAGUAACUAAAAAAGCUCCUAAAAAUGACGUCCUUAAGAACAAGAGCAUAAGCCAUUCGUCAGUGUUCAUUUUUGCCCUUUUGUUCUCCAGAAUGCUUAGAACACUUUGAAAUGAAUUUAAACAAGUUACUGAAGCUUUGCAAUGCAGUCAGCAAAUACAUACAAAAACUGUUUUCAUGGAGAUUUGCAAUCAACCAUUAAACUAUUUUGCAUGUAAAAGCAUCUGUGUGUAUUUAAUGGGAAAUUUAAGCAUGUUUA